AGAUGACUCUCUAACUGAAUUCGCCGAAAAGUAUGAGCAAAUGGCGCCUAAUUGAAAGGAAUGGCAAUUGCUUGACUUGACCUUUCUCAUCUGUUUCUUCAAAUGAACAAAAUUGCGUCAACUACCUAAUUUUACCUCUUCUUGGUAUAUUUUAUUCAUAGCCAUUUCGAAUAUUCAGUGAAUUUCCUCGAUUUCUGCAACUUGUAUAUCCAUUUUCGACCAUACAUAACAGCCAGAAGGAGAAUAAAACCAACCAUUAACCAAGGAUUAAUGGGUUACUCAGAUGGAAUCCGAAAGGCUUGUGUAUACGCUGGAUGAAGCGCUUGCUGCUGUGGGGUUUGGGAAAUUCCAAGGUCUUGUGCUGGUUUAUGCCGGAUUUGGGUGGUUUUCGGAAGCAAUUGAAAUUAUGAUUCUAUCUUUUGUGGGGCCUGCUGUUAAGUUGAAGUGGGCACUCUCCUCGAGUGAAGAGAGCUUGUUAAGUUCUGUUGUUUUUGCUGGUAUGUUGAUUGGAGCCUAUUCAUGGGGCCUCACAUCAGAUAAUUAUGGAAGAAGGAAAGCUUUUUUAAGCAUGACAGUGAUUACUAGUGGAGCUGGAUUCCUGAGUGCUUUCUCCCCAAAUUAUAUAUCAUUAGUGUUUCUCCGUUGUUUGGUUGGUUUUGGCCUGGGUGGUGGACAUGUAUUCUUGUCAUGGUUUCUUGAGUUUAUUCCCACUUCGCAUAGAGGCAAGUGGAUGGUUAUCAUUUCAAUUUUCUGGACAAUUGGAACUAUAUUUGAGGCUUCACUAGCAUGGAUUGUGAUGCCAAUACUGAAUUGGAGGUGGUUACUUGCUCUGUCUGCUGUACCAUCAUUUUCUUUACUGCUCUUUUAUCGUCUUGUUCCAGAGUCUCCAAGAUAUCUAUGCCUGAAAGGCAGAACAGUUCACGCACACCAAAUUCUGGAGAAAAUGGCUUUAGUUAACCAAAAAGAUUUGCCUCCUGGAAUGCUCAUUUCAUAUGAGAUAAUAGACGUGGAUGAAGAAUAUCCUUCAGAAUAUACAAGUUUCCUAUCUGUAGCUAGAGAAAAGAUCUCAAUAUUCAGAUCAGGUUUCUCAUUGUUUUUUAUGCUUUUCUCGUCAAACUUAAUUCGAAUAACAUUGCUUCUUUGGGUUUUAUUCUUUGGAAAUACAUUUGUAUAUUAUGGCAUAGUAUUGCUGACCUCUGAGAUAAGUACUGUGCAAGACAAAUGUAGCUCGACUGUCUUGCUUACAGAAAAUCUGCAGGCAGAUAGUCUCUAUACAGAUGUGCUCAUCACUAGUUUUGCAGAGCUUCCUGGUCUUCUUUUAUCAGUUGUUAUUGUGGAUAGAUUUGGCCGCAAACCUGCAAUGACAAUUAUGUUCAUCUUAGCAUGGGUGUUCCUUUUACCACUUGUCUUUUCUCAGUCAGCAAUUUUAACAACAGGGUUGUUAUUUGGAGCUCGCAUGUUCUCCAUGGGAACCUUCACUGUUGCCUGCAUAUAUGCCCCAGAAUUAUAUCCAACCUCUGUGAGGUCAACUGGUGCUGGAGUUGCAAGUGCUAUAGGGAGAAUUGGUGGGAUGGUGUGUCCUCUUGUAGCGGUUGCUUUGACAAGCAGUUGCCAUCUGAAGGAAGCUAUUAUUCUAUUUGAGGUUGUAAUUGCUGUUACAGUAACCUGCAUUCUGCUUUUCCCAUUUGAAACCAGCGGACGCGAGUUGAGCGACAGCAUAGCUGUAUCAGAUUCAAAACAAGCCCUUCUUGCUGAGAAUUCAAGUUCUACACCUUCCCCAUAAUAAUGAGAAGAAAUUCUACAGAGCUCCUUGCUUAAAAAGCGAACGUCCAGCGUUACUGGCACGCCUACACCGGGAAAGAUGCGGCUCUUCAUCUUUUUUAAGCCAUCUUCAUUAGUAGGAUAUGAAAAUUUUAUGAUAAAGAUGACAACUGUGUCUGUAUGUAAAUUUGUCUAUCCUUCAGCAUAUUUCUAUGUGAAAAUUCAGUUCAGUGGAAUUUCCCAAGUUAUGCUAUUAA